GUGGAGGUGGCGCUGGAGGAGCGCGCCGCGCCGGCCAGGUCCCGGACGGUGCCCAAGCGUCAGAUAGAGCUCCGACCUCGGCCCCGGAGCCCCCGGCGGGCGUCCGGCGCGCAGCGCCCCGCGCGGCUUCUGCGCACCGGCUCGCUGGACGAAUCGCUGAGUCGCCUGCAAGCCGCCGCGGGCCAUGUGCAGACUGCGCUCGCCAGAAAACUCAGUCCGGCGCCCCUGGCCCUAAGUAGAGUCCCGUCCGGGCCCACGGAGCGCCUGGAGCCCACGACCCGGGAAACAGCCCGCGGCGCCCGAGUGGUGCAGGAGGAGCCCAGAUCCCGACCACCCCGCGCGCAGGACCGUGCCGCCCUCCCCAGAGCCCCACGGCCGUGGCCCAGCCUCCGCGAGCGCGCGAUUCGCCGCGACAAGCCCCCUCCAGGGACCGAGCCGCUGGGUCCUGUUAGCUCCAGCAUCUUCCUGCAGUCAGAGGAGAAGGUCCCAGAGGCGCCCCACCGGGAACCCAAGAUUCAAUCUCAGAGAGAGACUUCGAACCCUGCACGGAGUCCGCCCUUCCAGACUAGGAGCCCCUGGCCAGUGAAGCCAGGGAGCCCGUCCCCGCCGUGGGAGGCCCCGAAUGGGGCCCUGCGGGGUCCUCGCUGCCCACCUCCCCAGGCCCUGUCCCCGUGGGAACGGGCGGUUCGGAGGGUGAGGAGCCCAUCGGUUCACGAAGCUUCUUCCACCUGGGAAAACUGGAAUCCAGCCGUCGAGGAAACUGUCAGCAGCAGAAGGAGCCCUUCCCCUCCGACUCUUGCCCAGUGGGAUCUGGGAGUUGCCAGGGCAAGAAGCCCAGCCCUUGAAGCUCCCGCCCUGAGGGAGCUUCCACUUCCAGCAGUCUGGGUAGCAGGGAAGGGGAGCCCGUCCCCGCCUGCCAUGCCCGGGUGCGCAGCUCCAGAUGGUCCUGUAGAAAGGCCGGGGAGUCCAUCAUCCCCGGAGCCGCGGGCUGCCUCGGUGCAGCGAUCAAGAGCAGCUCUGAAUGGAGUCACCCAGGAAGCGCAGGCACCAUCUACGCCAUCCACACUUGGGACUCCAGAGCCAACGGAGGCGCAGAGCCCAUCCACGCCGGAGAUUCUGGAUCUUGCCUUCCGAGGAGGCAGCCAGCCGUCCCUAGAGUUGGUUGCUGCCUGCCAGCCACCGAGCUGUGGGCACGUGAGAGCCCCAGAGGCCGGCGAGCGGCCUGAAACCUUGCGCCCUGGGGAAGCGGCCGCAGGGCAUUCAUGCGUGGCCAUCCGGAGGCCCCGCGACGUGCGCAAGAUGGUGAAGACCACGUAUGCGCCAACUUUUCCGGAAAGAACCCCAAUCUUAGAUCUGCCUGUAUCGCCCGCCGAUCCCCAACUGGAGAAAGACACCAAGCCCAAGGUGCAAGACCCCGAGGCGCCGGGAUCCCCCGAGCCGGCUCACUACACUUCUGUCUUUCGUAAGGACUUUCUGCCGAUCGUGCCUCACCCCUACGAGCCCUCAGGACCACCCUCCAAUCUCGACACGGCCCCCCGAGAGGCCUCGAAGCCCAACGGCAUCCCGCGGAGGAGAGCGGAGAACAACACAGCGAAGCCCUUCGCGCGCACUGAGAUCCGCCUGCCCCGGGCCCUGGGCCUGCUCCGCCGCGUGGAGGGAAGCCUGGGAGUCCCGGGGCGCGGGCUGGGCGGCCUGGAGCACCCGGAUGUGGGGGGAGGCGGCUGCCUCCUCCCCGACGGUACAGGUCAGGUCAGCCCUCCCGAAGGCCCGCGCACCUCACCCCAGGGGUCCUCUCCAGAGCCAGCGAGGACCCACCAGCCUGGGCCACCCGGCCCCAAUGACCCUCAGGCAUACCGUGGCUUGAGCCCAGAGAGCUCCCCCAAAUUGGAAACGGCCCCCGCGCUUACCCUCCCACGGGAGACCCAGGCGAAGGCCCGCGGGACAGCGCCCGCCCAGCCUCGCUCAGCCUCAGCGCCCCCCAUGGACCGGUCCCCGGAAGGCCCCUCCCUGGGGGCGCGCAGGCCCCUUGGGACUGCACAUCCGGGGAAGGUCCUGGUGGACCCUGAGAGCGGCCGCUACUACUACGUGGAAGCGCCACGGCAGCCUCGCCUGCGGCUGCUCUUCGACCCCGAAAGUGGGCAGUACGUGGAGGUAUUGCUGCCACCCUCGCCCUCGGGGCAGCCCCACCACGUCUACACUCCGCUGGCCCUGGGGUCCAGCCUCUACCCAGCAGCCUAUGCGCCCGCCGGCCUCUCAUUGCCGUCUUCCCCGGGCCUGCCGGCUGUCAGCCCCCAGCUGCCCUGGGCCUCUGAAGCCAGGCCCCCAGACAGGAUGUACUGCCUGCCAGUGGGUGGAACCCCCAGCCCUGCACCACCUCUCUUCCUCUGCGCAGCCCCAGCCAGCUCUGGUCCUGCCCAGCAGGGCAGGGCCUCUCUGUUCCCGGUGUGAGGUUGCCUGAUGCCCUGCCAUCCAGCCCCCUGUCCUCCUCUCCGACCCUCAUCUCCGCCCUUGACCUGUGCCAUCCGGUCUUCUGACCUGAAGUUGCGUUCAGAGAUCUGAGACCCAAGGCUGAUGGAGCUGGGGCUCAGGGAGUGAGUGUCUACUUCCUUCCCAGACAAAAGUGUAUUUCCCUUCUAGAGCCUUCCCAAGGUGUAGUGUGUGUGUGUCUGUGUGUGUGUGUGUGUGUGUGUGUGUGUGUGUGUGUGUGUGUGUGUACAUACGCGCGCCCGCAAAGAAUCAAAUAUGUAAAGACAAGGAGUGCCCAGAAACAGGCCUAGGUGGUACUGGGGUUCCCUCAAGGGGCACCUGAGAAUGGAAGCAGAGGGAGACAGGGCUGCCCCCAGAGGUAGUGAGCUGUCUGCUGUCUACCAUGGAUGCCAGGAGGCACUGGGAAGGCAGAGGGGGAGGACCCUGUUCUCAAAGCUGUCAGCCUAUGGAAGAGAAGCUGCUGCCUGGCCUGGAACUCCGGGAGGAGGUGAUGGAACAGGCUGGUUCUGAGAAGGAACUGCAGGGGCCAGUAGGUGGAGGUGGAGCAAGGAGGUCAGGUGGGAAGGAGUCAUGGCCGGGAGGAGGCACUGGGAAAGAGGUAGGUCAAGGUGGUUGUUCCCCAGCUUCUUCAAGGCCUCAAAGCUGAGCUGACUCACCCUGGGUCAGAAGCAGGGGCUUCAGCCACUCCCACCAAGGGGUUGCGUAGGGAAGGAAUAAGACCUUAGGAAGGUCGUAAGUAGGGAGGGUAUUGACUGCUGACCCCUCUAGGUCAGGACUGGUGGUAGAAGGGAUGUCCUUGUGGGAAGCAGACCCGAGGGACCUGGAGACCUCAGGCAAGGGCAGAAAUUGGAGCCCGUGCUCCAACUGUCCUGACGUUCUGGGCACCUCUGGCGGGCUGGGGUCUGGGCACCAUAGGAAGAGUCUGUGUGGGCCUGGGAGUGGGAAGUGGUCUGUGUGGAGGGUCUGUGAGUGGUUCUGAGACUGGAAGGGCUGGGUUUGGCUGGCUGCUGUGUCCCACUAUGAGUUUAGGGAGGGACAGUUCCCGUUAGAAUCAGUGGCAGGGACAAAGAGGCCUCCUCUAAGCUCUUGGUCUCUGGGGAAAAUGGGUCCCUGGGAGUCCCUGCCCCCCUGCCCAGAAUUAGAAGCUGACUAGAGGAACUAUGAGUCAGAGUGACCUGGACAUCUCCCCUUGGCUGGAGACACUGGUCCCAAUGGCAUGGAGCACCCGGUGACAUCCCUGGGCCCCACCCCAAAUCCUGUGUGUGCAAUAAAAAGCUAGCCAUUGAACCGUAA